AUGGAAGCAAUCAAGCAAGUCUUUGCAACAUGCAAAGCAGAGCAACGCGCCGCGUUGGUCACAUAUGUGACAGCCGGGUACCCCAGCAUCGCUGAAACAGCUGAUAUAAUGCUCUCAAUGCAAGCCGGUGGCGCGGAUAUCAUCGAGCUCGGAAUCCCAUUCACAGAUCCUCUGACAGACGGAAUAACAAUCCAAAACUCCAAUGCCCUUGCACUCCGAAAUGGUGUCCGUAUCCCAAGCAUGCUGGAUAUGGUUCGUACUGCUCGUGCACGUGGGCUUACAGCUCCGGUCCUCUUUAUGGGAUACUAUAAUCCUGUUCGUGCAUACGGCGAAGAGCGAAUCAUUCGUGAUUGUCGUAAUGCAGGUGUCAACGGAUUUAUUAUUGUGGAUUUACCGCCCGAGGAGGCGGUGCGAUUUAGAGAUUUGUGUAAACGAGAUGGGCGAGUCAAUUCUUUUCCUACUUCCAUGCUCAUCAUACAUAACGUUGUAUUAUCCUACGUUCCACUCGUUGCACCCGCAACACCAGAUUCCCGCAUGAAGAUGCUCUGCGAGAUCGCGGACUCGUUUAUUUACGUUGCCUCAAAGAUGGGAAUUACUGGUUCCACCGAGUCGCUCGAUCAAGGUCUUGAGAGGCUCUUAGAGCGCGUGCACAUCUAUACCGAGAAUCGCGUUCCAGCUGCUGUUGGCUUUGGAAUUCACACCAGAGAACACUAUACCAAGAUUGCUCAGAUGGCAGAGGGUGUAGUGAUUGGUAGUAAGAUUAUUACUAUUCUCCGGGAUGCGACUCUCGGGACCGGCGCUGAGAAAGUGAAGGAGUAUUGCAUGCAAGUGUCUGGCAGAGCAACAGCAAGAGAGAUUGGUCUCCCUAGCAAGCCUACCUUAAGCACCAUCUCAAAUGAUGCCUCUCCAGCUCUUACUCAGCCCACAGAGCCAAAUCCAGAAUCCACAGAUAAACACAUGCGGUUCGGCCAAUUCGGCGGCCAAUAUGUCCCAGAAGCGUUAAUGGAAUGUCUCACAGAACUUGAGGCAGGUUUCGAAAAAGCAAAACGCGAUCCGGCCUUCUGGUCUGAAAUCAAUUCCUUCGCCGCAUACACGAACAGACCAUCUAGUCUACACAUUGCACCCCGACUAACUGCCCACGCUGGUGGCGCACGGAUCUGGUUAAAGCGCGAAGACCUCAAUCAUACAGGUAGUCACAAGAUCAACAACGCACUUGGACAAAUUGUGCUCGCACGUCGACUUGGAAAGACGGCUAUUAUUGCGGAAACAGGCGCAGGACAACAUGGCGUUGCGACCGCAACAUUGUGCGCGCAUUUCGGACUGAAAUGUACUAUCUUCAUGGGUGCAGAGGAUGUUCAGCGUCAGGCGUUGAAUGUUUUCCGGAUAAGACUUCUUGGAGCGACUGUUAUUCCUGUUCCUGGAGCUCAGGAGGGUGAGAAAGGCACGUUACGUGAUGCGGUGAAUGCGGCAUUCCGGACCUGGGUAACGGAGUUGAAGACUACACAUUUCGUUAUUGGAUCCGCAUUUGGACCUUAUCCAUAUCCUACUAUUGUGCGAACACUUCAAUCUGUUAUUGGAACUGAGACGAAAGAGCAGUUUCGACGGGACAUGGAGGGGAAGUUACCUGAUGCUGUUGUGGCGUGUGUGGGUGGUGGAUCGAAUGCUGCGGGUAUGUUUUAUCCAUUCUUGCAGGAUGAGGAUGUUGCGUUGAUUGGUGUUGAGGCUGGUGGAGAUGGUGAGGAUAUUGGGAGACAUUCUGCUACGCUGAGUCGGGGGAGUGUGGGUGUUCUUCAUGGUGUGAGAACUUAUGUGCUUCAGGAUGAGGAUGGGCAGAUUAGUUCGACCCAUUCUAUUUCUGCGGGCUUGGAUUACCCGGGUGUUGGUCCGGAAUUGUCUUCUUGGAAGGAGUCUGGGAGAGCGAGAUUCAUUUCUGCUACUGAUGAGGAGGCUUUGGCUGCGUUUAGACUCUUGAGUGAGACAGAGGGGAUUAUUCCUGCGUUGGAGAGCGCGCAUGCUAUUGCUGGGGCUGUUAGGAUUGCAAAGGAGCUUGGACCGGAGAAGGAUUUGGUGAUUUGUCUUUCUGGACGAGGUGAUAAAGAUGUGCAGACAGUGGCAGCUAUGUUGCCUUCUCUGAUGCAGGAGACGGAGGUCUGA